AUGAACAUCUUGUUAGUUGGUCUAUCUCUUGGAUCAUCAGUACGCAAACUGAAGAUGUUUCUGACUUUGUUCCUCAUUGUUCUUGGGACACAGACUUCUAUAACACAGAAACCUGCCUCUGAGUCCACAGAUGUUGUCCUUUUGAUUGACAGCUCAAAUGCUCUUGGCAAAAAGUCUUUCCCUUCUGUGAAAUCGUUUGUUAACAGAGUAAUCAGCAGUCUGCCAGUGGGCCCAAACAAAUAUCGUGUUGCACUUGUCCAGUACAGUGAUGAUGUGCACGUUGAAUUCCAGCUGGAUGAUUAUAAAGGCAAAACCCCCAUGUUAAACCACCUUAAAAAGAACGUUUUGUACAGGGGUGGGUCUUUAAAAACUGGGAAUGCCAUUCAAAAGGUCCAUGAAAUGUUUUUCAAAAUCCCAAGAAGAGACAGAAACCAAGUAGUGGUGGUCACAACUUCAGGGCUUUCAGAAGAUGAUGUGCAGGUACCUGCUAAAAGGCUGCAGGAUGAUGGGAUCAAAAUAAUAGCUUUAGGAACGCAGGCUGCAUCUGUUCAGGAACUACGCUCAGUGGCUACACAACGUUUUUCCUAUAACUUCGCGACACCGAAGGAUCUUGCAACUUUUUCUCAAAAUAUGUCCACAGUUAUUGGAGAAGCUAUACAAAUGGAUAAUUCUGUGAUCAUCUCUACACCUAGUCCACCAAGUGUAACAGUAAAUGUUAGCAAGGUGUCCCCACAAGUUCCACAGUGUCUACGCGAUUCAGUUGCAGAUAUAGUAUUUGUGGUGGAUGAAGGCAUUUCACGUGAAAACUCCCAGUAUGUUGCAUCGUUCUUGAGUGACACAAUAAACGCUCUCGAUGUGAAGGAAGGAUGUAUACAAACUGGCCUAGUGACAUACAGCACUGAGCCGCAAGUAAUAUCAUUACUGAAGACUGAGACAAACAAAACUGAUAUUCUGCAGAAAAUUCAGAGCGUUUCGCCAAGGCUGGGGAAAUCUAACUUGGGUGCUGCCAUUAAUAUUACCAGGAAAAGAGUCUUUGAUCAACUUGCUGGAAGCAGAAAGACUCAAGGAGUGGAACAAAUAGCCACUGUCAUCACACACAGACCCGCAGACGACUCCUUAAGUGAGGCAGCUGCUCUUCUUAGACAGAGCGGUGUGACAGUAUUUGCCAUAGGCAUUGAAGGAGCUAAUGCUACCCAGUUAACUGAGGUUGUAUCACAUCCACCUGAGCGAAAUAUUAUAAAAGUUGCCAAAUUUUCUGACCUGCCAAGUCAGACCAAGACUUUCCAAAAGAAACUCUUCAACCAAAUACAGCACACACUUUACGUCCAAUCUGAAAGAAGAAUACUGCUCAAAACAGGAUGUAUGGACACAGAAGAGGCUGAUAUUUACUUCCUCAUUGAUGGCUCUUCAAGCAUUCACUGGUCAGAUUUCAAUGACAUGAAAAAUUUUCUGAAGGAAGUGAUUAAGCUGUUUAAUGUUGGACCUAAUCAUGUCCGAUUUGGAGUUGUGCAAUAUUCAUAUGCUUCUCGUAUUAAAGUACACUUUGAACUUGAUGAUUACACUAAAAGAAACUCUUUGGAAAAAGCUAUUAAUAAUAUCAAUCAAUUAACAGGAGAUACAUAUACUGGAGAAGCUUUAAAAUCCAUGCAGCCUUUGUUUGAAAAGGCAAGACAACAACGUGGAAACAAAGUGCCCUCUCAUCUCAUUGUGCUGACAGAUGGAGAGGCCCACGAUGAUGUGAAGGUUCCUGCCAAGAUACUAAGGGAUGCAAAGGUGAACAUGUAUGCCAUUGGUGUAAAAGACGCUAAUAGAACCCAACUGCAUGAGAUCGCAGGCUCGAGGGUUUACUUUGUGCAACAGUUUGACUCCUUGAAAGAUAUCCAAGCUGAAGUUGUCCGAGAUGUAUGCACUGAAGAAGCCUGUAAGGAAAUGAAAGCAGACAUCAUGUUCCUAGUGGACAGCUCCGGUAGCAUUGGCGAUGAGAAUUUUAACAAAAUGAAGAACUUUAUGAGUCAUCUGGUAAACAAAUCUCACAUUGGCUUAGACCAAGUACGCAUUGGUGUUGUCCAGUUCAGUGACAUUGCUAAAGAAGAAUUCCCGCUGAACAAGUAUUCGGCAAAAAGUGACAUAAUCGAAGCUAUUAGAAGAAUGGCAGCCAUUAAAGAGAACACGCUCACUGGACAAGCAUUGGAAUUUGUAGCUGAGUAUUUCACGCCAUCCAAAGGUUCACGAUCCUCUGUGAACAAAAUUCUCAUCUUGCUGACAGAUGGAGAAGCACAAGAUGAAGUAAAAGCUCCCGCCGUGGCUCUGAGAGAGGAUGGUAUCACUAUCUAUUCAGUUGGGGUGUUUAAUGCCAAUAAAACACAGCUUGAAGAGAUAAGUGGGAAAUCUGAGUUGGUGUUUCAUGUGGAGAAUUUUGAUAUUCUGGAGAAGAUAGAAGACGACAUCAUUUUUGGCAUAUGUAAUCCCUAUGAGGAGUGCAAAAGGAUAGCACGUUUAGAUGUUGUAUUUGUAAUAGAUAGUUCUGGCAGUAUAGGUGAAACUAACUACAACCUCAUGAAGGACUUCAUGAUCGGCCUAGUCAGUAAAUCUGAUGUUGGCAGUGACCAAGUUCAGUUUGGAGCUCUGAAGUAUUCUGACAGCCCAGUCACACUGUUCUACCUUAAUACCUAUCAUACGAAAUCAGCUAUCAUUUCAGCUAUCCAAAGUGACACACUUUUGGGUGGAAAUACGUACACAGCUGAGGCUCUUAAACAUUCAGAAUCAUUCUUCAGUGAGGCACAUGGAAGUCGCCACCGCAGGAACGUUCCCCAGGCUCUUAUAGUGAUCACUGAUGGUGAGUCACAUGAUGCAGCAAAACUCGAUGAAGUGUCUAAAAGACUCAGGGCCCGUGACAUUGAGAUUUAUGCCGUCGGGAUAAAAGAAGCAAAGACGGAUGAACUUCAGACUAUGGCAGGACCAAACAAGAUGUAUUACUAUGUGGACCAGUUUGAAGGACUAGAAAGCAUCACCAAAACGUUAUCGGAUGAGCUGUGUGAUGAUUCAAAGCCAGAAUGUGAAGUCCAUGCUGACCUUGUUUUCUUGAUCGAUGGCUCCAACAGUAUACACAAGACUGAUUUUAAAACAAUGAAAGACUUCUUGAAAGAAAUGCUUGAUCAGAUUAGUUAUAGUAAGGACAUGCAAGUUGGCAUGGCCCAAUUUAGCGACAGGUACCAAAAGGAAUUCCCUCUUCACAGUAACUCUAGCAAAUCAGAGCUGCAAGACAAAAUCUCUAAUGUAUCAAUGUUGGAAGGUACUGAGACUUGCAUUGGAAAUGCUCUCAAAAAGGUGAAGGCCUUCUUCAGCCCACCAAGACGCAGAGUGACUAGAGAUAUUCGACCAAUGCUGCUGGUUAUCACCGAUGGAGAUUCACAUGACGACGUUGCUCAACCGGCUGAGGACUUGAGAGAGGAAGGUGUGGAGAUCUAUGCAAUAGGAGUAGGGGACAUUAAAGAUACAACACUUCAAACAAUAGCUGGAUCCUCAGAGAGGAAAUACAGAAUUGCUGAUUUCACUGGGUUGUCAAAUCUCAAAAAACGCAUAAGUAAUGAAAUGUGUAAUGGCAGAGUUAAAGCAGAGUGUUUUAUGGAUAUCGUUAUGGGGUUUGACAUUUCAUCUCAAAAGCCGGGCAAUCGUUUAUUCCAUGGGCAUCCCCUGUUGGAAGCCUACCUUCCUAAGAUUUUAGAAUACUUGAUAUCUGUAAGCACUGUGAGUUGCAAUACUGGAACAAAGACACAGUUCAGCGUGGCAGUUUCUCAGUAUAACAUGAACUCAACUUUAUCAUCAGACCUCCAAGUUGACCAUAAAAAAACUAUGCAGGAACUCAGAAAAGUUACAGUCAACAAUCCAUCACAUCUCAAUGUCGCAUUCUUGGACACACUUUGGAACACUUUUGAUAACCUACCUCGUGGUAAAAAACGAAGCCAGGUAUUACUUAUUUUCUCUGAUGGCUUGGACGAUGAAGUAAAAGUGCUCCAGCAAAAAUCUGAAGAACUUAGGAAAAAAGGACUUGAUGGACUAAUAAUGGUUACUCUGGAAGGAGCUAGCAACUUUCAUAGCUUCCAAUACAUUGAAUUUGGAAAAGGAUCUGGAUAUACUAAUCAUUUGACAAUUGGCUUGCAAAGUAUUGCCAAAAGCUUGUUUGAGUACAUGGCCCAAAUUGCUGAAAGAACAUGCUGCUGUGUAUUUUGUACAUGCAUGAGGGAAGAAGGUCCCCCUGGGCCAAAAGGCAGCAUAGGGCCAAAGGGAUAUGCUGGUAUCAACGGCAUUCCAGGAUAUAUAGGAGACGAUGGAGAACCAGGUUCCAGUGGGCCCCCUGGACCAAAUGGACAGCAAGGCUAUGUGGGAUGCCAAGGUGAUCAAGGAGAAAAAGGGCAACAAGGAUGGCAGGGCUACACAGGCGGGCAUGGAGACAAUGGGAUUGAUGGUGUCGAUGGAAUUAACGGAGAAGAGGGAUCACAUGGACUUCCAGGACCAAAAGGAGAAAAGGGAGACCCUGGCCAGCCGGGCAUCACAGGUUCAAGAGGACUUCCUGGUGAACGUGGUCCGAAAGGCUUUCAAGGAGAUUCUGGUGAUCCUGGCGUGGACAACCUCAUUACAGGAGCAAUUGGCCCCAAGGGGUUACAAGGAAGCAAGGGUGCAAGAGGACCAAAAGGUUCAGCAGGCCCUGCAGGCCCUAGAGGAAACGAGGGGGAGAAAGGAGCACCUGGUCCAGAUGGCUUGCCAGGCGAACAGGGAUUUCAAGGCCCACAGGGGGAAGCUGGAAUUCCUGGUGUGAAAGGAGAGAAGGGAAGUGCAGGAAAUAAAGGUCUUCAGGGAAGCUUGGGAAAUGCAGGUCCUAAAGGGGAUCGAGGAAAACCUGGAUCCAGAGGAAAUAAAGGAGAAAUUGGGGAUCCUGGAGAGAAAGGAGAAAAUGGCCCCCGUGGUCAUCAGGGAAUGAAGGGGGCUGCAGGAACUGCUGGUUAUGGCAGACCAGGAAGAAAAGGAUCAAAGGGUGCAAAAGGAACAAAGGGACUGGCCUCAUUUUCGCCCUGUGAACUCGUUGAGUAUGUGCGUGAACACAGCCGUAAGUAUCUAGUCUUGAUUUUUGAUACUGAAAGGCCAAAAGUGUCAACAAUGGAUGACUCAAGACUGUUUCAGGUUAUCAAUAUUCACCAGGAGAGAGAUUAUAUACCAGCUUUACAAAGAUUCCAGCUGUGCAUACUUUGCUAUGACAAAUGCAGGCCGGAUGCAUCUUGCCUACGUGACCAAACCCCCUUGACUCCAGCUUAUGUAGAUGCUGCUUUUGUUUUGGAAAGUUCAAGGAAAGUAAGCCCUCUUGAAUUUGUGAAGCUGAAAGAUUUCCUAAGCCAGUCCCUUGACAACUUUGAUGUUUCUGCUCAGCCAGGAAGCACUUUGAUAGGCGACAGGGUGGCUGUGUUGAGCCAUGCUCCACCAGAUUUCAGGCCUCAAACACAAAAGAGCCCAGUUAAGACCGAGUUUGACUUGGUGACCUAUGAUAGUAAGGAGCGGAUGAAGAGGCAUAUCCAAGAGUCUGUCUGGCAGCUGAAUGGAACAACUGCUCUUGGCCACGCCAUACAGUGGACCAUCACCAAUGUCUUCACAGAAGCACCCAACCAGAGGAAACACAAAGCUAUCUUUGUAAUAUCUGUUGGGGAAACAAGUCAAUGGGACAAGGAAGUGUUGAAAGAUGUAGCCCUGAGAGCCAAGUGCCACGGCUAUGCUCUGUUUGUGCUCUCAUUGGGGCAUGAAUACGACCAUGUAGAACUUGGUGAACUGGCAAGCAGGCCCAUGGAGUAUCAUCUCAUACAGCUUGGGAGAUGCCACAAGGCUGAACUUGGAUAUGCAGUGAAGUUUCUGAAGCCAUUUCUACAUCUUCUCCGGAAUGAAAUCAACAGCUACCCACCAGCACAGCUCAAGAGAAGAUGUUCAAACAUCAGAACCCAGGAGCCGAUAUAUGUUCCACUACACUCCAGAUACAGCAUUGCAAUGGAUAAGAGUGUGUCAAAGAGAGCUCUAGAGAUUGAACCUGCAGUUUUGGAGCAUUUGCCUGGAGAUUCAGUAUCCCCUGAACAUUUCAUCAGCAACCCAUAG